UUGGCGAAAAAAAUUAUUGAAAUGCAGCCGUCUAUUGUUGAAAGUGCGGCUGCGCAAUGCACAAUGGAUUCGUAUCUUAGCAACCAAAGACGCUACUUUUUUAGGUUAGCUGAAGUGUAGCUGUAGACAUACGUAGAUACAUCUAAAGAAAAUACAAUAAUAAUAGCAAAUAUGAUGGAUGUGUCAUUAGAGGUAAAAUCAAAACCAAUUUCAACAAUAUCUGUGUAUAGUUACAUUCCACCAAGACGAACUGAACCAAAAGAAAUGACCUAUUACAAUAGUGACUCCAAGGCCAAGGAGGUAUCCCUAUAUGACUGCAUACACAGACGGGCAGAAGGCUACAACAACAAACUGCACCGCGAUGAUAGAGAACACGCCAAAAGCAGAGGGCUAGACAUGUACUCUGAGGAGUCUUCCAGACCUACACCGGUCCUGUCCUCGUCCGAGUAUGGCAGACGCCAGCCUCCUCUCCUAUACAAACCUGGCAGGCAGUUUGUCCGUAUCUCUCACAUCCGCGCGGAGUUCUUCGGGAAAAACGGGAUCACACACAACGUGGAGGAGGGGUAUGGGUCAGUUGUUCCUGUGUGAAGGCCAUAGUCCGACGCUAGGGAGGAACGGACCAUUGAGGGAGUGGGGCAGCCGGUGGGGUCUUAAUGUCAAUAUGUAUGUAUAGAAUCACAUCCUAAAUGAUGGGGUGUAGUGAAGAUACUAAAGGAUAGAGAUUAUCGUGUAUAGG